UGGGGCCCUGACAUUCUGCUGCCUGACCACAUGCAUUAUUUUUGAACUGGCCCCCAGGGUCCCUGCCUUUAGCCCUGCCUCUGAACUUUUUCUUGGAUUCAACCUAGAGUGGGGUUUUCAUUCUCUCCUCCAGCUCCUCGGCCACAUCAGAACAUUUCCCCCACCAUUACUCCUUUGGAAACUGGCUGCCUGCUCCCCUCAAGGGCCCAUGAUGUCGCUACCUUUCUAUCAGAGGUCCCACCAGCACUAUGAUCUCAGCUACCGCAACAAGGACCUUCGCACCACCAUGAGCCAGUACCAGCAGGAGAAGAAGCGCUCGGCCAUCUACACCCACGGCUCCACCGCCUACAGCAGUCGGUCCUCGGCGGCUCACCGCCAGGAGUCGCAGGCCUCCAUCCAGGCGUCGGCCUCCUCCUACCAGCAGCAAGCCUCGCAGGCCUCCCAUCUUGGAAGCUCGCAGUUCUCCCUGGACUCCCAUGUCAGUCGGAAGGCAGCCUCAGCCUACGAUUAUGGCUACUCCCACGGGCUUACAGAUUCCAGUCUGCUGUUAGAAGAUUAUUCAUCCAAGUUGAGCCCCAAAACCAAGAGAGCCAAGCAGAGCCUUCUGUCUGGGGAGGAGAAGGAAAAUCUGCCAAGUGACUACAUGGUGCCUAUAUUCUCUGGACGCCAAGUACAUGUCAGUGGAAUUACAGAUACGGAAGAAGAAAGAAUUAAAGAAGCUGCUGCUUAUAUAGCCCAGAGAAAUCUUCUCACUAGUGAGGAAGGAAUCACAGCAUCCAAACAGUCCACGGCGUCUAAACAGUCCACAGUGUCUAAACAGUCCACAGUGUCCAAACAGGCCACGUCCACCCUUCAACAAGAAGAAACUUUUGAAAAGAAGUCAAGGAAAGUUGCAAUUCGAGAAAAGGCAGAGCGCCUCUCACUGAGAAAAACAUUAGAAGAAACCCAGGCAUAUCAUGAUAAGUUGAAUGAAGACCAUCUUCUCCACGCUCCUGAGUUUAUUAUUAAGCCUCGUUCCCACACGGUUUGGGAGAAAGAGAAUGUAAAAUUACACUGCUCUGUAGCCGGCUGGCCAGAACCUCGUGUCACGUGGUAUAAAAAUCAAGUGCCAAUAAACGUCCAUGCAAACCCUGGAAAGUAUAUUAUUGAAAGUCGAUAUGGAAUGCACACUCUGGAAAUCAACACAUGUGAUUUUGAAGACACGGCUCAGUACCGGGCCUCAGCAAUGAACGUUAAAGGAGAGCUUUCAGCAUAUGCGUCAGUUGUGGUAAAGAGAUAUAAAGGAGAGUUUGAUGAGACUCGCUUCCAUGCUGGGGCUUCGACCAUGCCCCUCAGCUUUGCUGUAACCCCUUAUGGUUAUGCAUCCAAGUUUGAGAUCCACUUUGAUGACAAAUUCGAUGUGUCUUUUGGGAGAGAAGGAGAGACCAUGAGUCUGGGCUGUCGGGUAGUCAUCACUCCUGAAAUUAAACAUUUCCAGCCAGAGGUCCAGUGGUACAGAAAUGGAGCACCUAUUUCUCCAUCAAAAUGGGUGCAAACACACUGGAGUGGAGAUCGGGCAACGCUGACAUUUUCUCAUCUCAAUAAAGAAGAUGAAGGCCUUUAUACAAUCCGUGUUCGAAUGGGAGAAUAUUAUGAACAAUAUAGCGCUUAUGUCUUUGUUCGAGAUGCUGAUGCAGAGAUUGAAGGAGCCCCCGCCUCACCCUUGGAUGUGGUGUGCUUGGAUGCCAACAAAGACUAYAUCAUCAUCUCUUGGAAGCAGCCAGCUGUAGAUGGAGGGAGCCCUAUCUUGGGAUAUUUUAUUGAUAAAUGUGAGGUGGGCACCGAUUGCUGGUCUCAAUGCAACGACACACCUGUGAAGUUUGCUCGUUUUCCAGUCACUGGAUUGAUAGAAGGUCGUUCCUAUAUAUUCCGAGUUCGAGCUGUGAAUAAAACUGGAAUAGGCCUUCCAUCUCGAGUUUCUGAGCCUGUGGCUGCACUGGAUCCUGCUGAAAAAGCUAGACUUAAAAGUCGCCCUUCAGCACCCUGGACUGGACAGAUCAUUGUCACUGAAGAGGAACCUACAGAGGGUAUUAUUCCCGGGCCUCCCACCAACCUCUCUGUCACUGAGGCCACCAGGAGCUACGUGGUACUAAGCUGGAAGCCCCCUGGCCAGCGUGGCCAUGAGGGCAUCAUGUACUUUGUGGAAAAGUGUGACGCGGGAACAGAAAACUGGCAGCGGGUGAACACAGAACUCCCGGUGAAGUCUCCACGCUUCGCCCUCUUCGACUUGGCCGAGGGGAAAUCCUACCGCUUCAGAGUGCGCUGCUCCAACUCUGCAGGAGUUGGGGAACCCUCCGAGGCGACAGAAGUGACUGUGGUAGGGGACAAACUUGAUAUUCCCAAGCCCCCUGGCAAAAUCAUCCCAAGCAGAAACACAGACACCUCAGUGGUGGUUUCCUGGGAGGAGUCCAAAGAUGCCCAAGAGCUGGUCGGAUACUACAUCGAGUCAAGCAUCGUUGGCUCUGGCAAGUGGGAGCCCUGCAACAACAACCCUGUAAAGGGCUCACGAUUUACCUGUCAUGGAUUGGUGACUGGUCAGAGUUAUAUUUUCCGGGUCAGAGCAGUUAAUGCAGCUGGACUUAGUGAAUAUUCCCAGGAUUCAGAAGCUAUUGAAGUCAAAGCUGCUAUUGCGGCACCAUCUCCACCUUAUGACAUCACCUGUCUUGAAAGUUUUCGUGACUCAAUGGUUCUUGGAUGGAAGCAACCAGAUAAGACUGGAGGGGCAGAAAUUACUGGAUAUUAUGUGAACUAUCGUGAGGUAAUUGGUGGGGUACCAGGAAAAUGGAGAGAAGCCAACAUCAAGGCUGUCAGUGACGAGGCUUACAAGAUUAGCAACUUGAAGGAAAACAUGGUGUAUCAGUUCCAAGUGGCCGCCAUGAAUAUCGCUGGGCUGGGAGCACCCUCAGCAGUUAGUGAAAGUUUCAAGUGUGAAGAGUGGACCAUUGCCGUUCCAGGGCCACCUCACAGUCUUAAGUAUAGUGAAGUCAGGAAAAACUCAUUGGUUCUGCAGUGGAAGCCUCCUGUCCACUCUGGACGGACCCCAGUCACGGGUUACUUUGUGGACAUUAAGGAGACCAAUGCCAAAGAUGACCAGUGGCGAGGACUCAAUGAGGCAGCCAUUAAAAACAAAUACCUGAAGGUACAAGGCCUCAAGGAGGGUGUCAGCUAUGUGUUCCGUGUCCGAGCCAUCAACCAGGCUGGUGUUGGCAAGCCAUCUGACCUCGCUGGCCCCGUUGUGGCAGARACCCGUCCAGGAACCAAAGAGGUUGUUGUAAAUGUGGAUGAUGAUGGAGUCAUUUCACUGAACUUUGAAUGUGAUCAGAUGACUCCAAAGUCAGAAUUCACCUGGUCCAAAGAUUACAUAUCCACUGAGGACUCUCCACGAUUAGAAGUUGAAAGCAAAGGCAACAAGACAAAAUUGACCUUUAAAGACCUCGGGAUGGAUGACUUGGGCAUUUACUCCUGUGACGUAACAGAUACUGACGGGAUAGCAUCAAGCUACGUAAUAGAUGAGGAAGAAUUGAAACGUUUACUUGCUCUCAGCCACGAACACAAGUUCCCAACUGUCCCAGCUAAAUCAGAGUUGGCAGUUGAAAUUUUGGAGAAAGGUCAGGUCCGGUUUUGGAUGCAGGCUGAGAAGCUCUCUGGCAAUGCCAAAGUCAACUACAUAUUUAAUGAGAAGGAAAUUUUUGACGGGCCGAAAUACAAGAUGCAUAUUGACCGAAACACUGGCAUAAUUGAAAUGUUCAUGGAAAAACUGCAGGACGAAGAUGAGGGAACGUAUACRUUCCAGAUUCAAGAUGGGAAAGCAACUGGCCAUUCUACUCUUGUCCUCAUUGGAGAUGUUUAUAAAAAGCUCCAGAAAGAAGCUGAAUUCCAGCGACAAGAAUGGAUCAGGAAACAAGGUCCACAUUUUGCUGAGUAUUUGAGUUGGGAAGUGACAGGUGAAUGUAAUGUACUGUUGAAAUGCAAGGUGGCAAAUAUUAAGAAGGAGACUCACAUCAUUUGGUACAAAGAUGAGAGGGAGAUAUCAGUGGAUGAAAAGCAUGACUUUAAGGAUGGUAUAUGCACCCUGCUUAUAACAGAGUUUUCCAAGAAGGAUGCUGGAUUUUAUGAAGUUAUCCUAAAAGAUGAUCGAGGAAAAGAUAAGAGCAGAUUGAAGCUUGUGGAUGAAGCCUUCAAUGAACUGAUGACUGAAGUAUGCAGGAAAAUAGCUUUGUCUGCUACUGACCUGAAAAUCCAGAGCACAGCUGAGGGCAUCCGACUGUACUCUUUUGUUACUUACUACCUGGAUGAUUUGAAAGUUAACUGGUCCCACAAUGGGGCUGGUAUUAAGUACACAGACAGAGUUAAGAGUGGGGUCACCGGGGAGCAAAUCUGGCUACAAAUCAAUGAGCCCACUCCAAAUGACAAAGGAAAAUAUGUAAUGGAACUCUUUGAUGGUAAAACUGGACACCAGAAGACAGUGGAUCUUUCUGGACAAGCAUUUGAUGAAGCCUUUGCUGAGUUCCAGAGGUUGAAACAAGCUGCCAUUGCCGAGAAAAAUCGUGCCCGGGUGUUGGGCGGUCUCCCUGAUGUGGUCACCAUCCAGGAGGGCAAGGCCCUUAAUCUCACUUGCAAUGUGUGGGGCGACCCAACUCCAGAGGUCUCCUGGCUGAAGAAUGAGAAGUCGCUGGCCUCAGAUGACCACUGCAACCUCAGGUUCGAGGCCGGCAAGACUGCCUACUUUACCAUCUCGGGUGUGAGCACGGCUGACUCAGGAAAGUAUGGGCUGGUGGUGAAGAAUAAGUACGGCACCGAGACAAGCGACUUCACGGUCAGCGUGUUCAUCCCAGAGGAGGAGGCAAGGAAGGUCGCAUCGGAGUCCCAGAAAGGCAACCAGAAGUCCAAGUGAAUGGAGAUUGGGCUGAGGGGUGCAGGGGGUGCCAAGACCAGCUGAGCUGACUGUGCUGCUUGUGUGUGAGUGGUUUGGGUUAUGGACAAGGACAACAUCACAGUCUCUUCCUAAUUUGUGCUGGCUUGGGGUAGGGGAGUCAAAUCUAAUUCAUAUGUUUAAAAAAGAACUACUAAUGACACUUUAAUAGUUUUUCAUUGCCUAUAAAUUAUGAGCUGAGAAAAUACCAUUGGUAGCACAUUUAUUAAUUUUAAGGAAAAGAUCAGAAUAAUGUUGGAGGGACAUUGAAUGAUGGUCAGAGAGCAGGGGAACGUGUUGUGGGGCAGAGUAGGGAUUGGAUGAGGUUUUACCAGUAACUUCUUGUGGAUUACGAUGAUACUCCAGCAUCCUAUCACAAUGGACACCAGUUGGUAAGCCAUCCGUGUGUUUGGUAUGUUGUUACAACAGUGAUGUGCAUUUCUGUGGGUAGCCUUGUGAUCUGGCACCUCCUUGGUAUGAAUAAACGGCCUCACACCUUU